UUGGUUACGCUCUUUACAAAGAUGGGAAGGAUACAACACUGUCUUAUCCCUUGGAGGCUUGGAGGCAUCUGCUCAUAUGGACCAGUUUCUCUUCUCUCUGGUCUUAACCCUUGUCCAUUACACUUGUUUCUCCAUUUCUUUGCAGCUGCCAUCUAUGGUGUUGGCCGCUUAAUGCUUCCGUUCCCUUCACCUAAACGCAUGUGGCUUGGGUUUCUAUUGAUCUUGAGUGCAUCACACAUCAUAUUCAGUCUCUUAAGCAAUCAAAUGAAGCACUAUGUCAUGCUAAAUAAAGUUUAGGGUCAACCACUGAUUUAAUCAUAUGGUAUAUCACUCCUAGAGGUAACUAAAACGUAAGGAAUAAUUGAG